AUGAACAAAGGGAAAGAACAGGAAUAUAUAUGUUGCAUUCCAUUCCAUAAUUCAGGACUCGCAAAGGAUAAAAAAGAACCCACUGGAGAAAAAGAUAUAUGUAUAUGUAAAGUUUUACUUAAAGAACCAAUUAAAAAUGAUACAACUGUUCAAGGGCUUGAAAAUUUCGUAUUUACUGAAAUAUUAAUGAGCGAAGGCUCGAUGAUAUCUAGGAAUAUGUCCUUAACAUAUAGUAAACUUCAGACUUUUGAACCCUAUAACAUUCCUGGAAUUAAAAAAAUCAAUAUUUGGUACAGUCUGAUUAAAUUACUUACAGGUAGCAACGUAUUUGUUGAAUCGAUGGAAGCUAAGAUGGAUUAUGGGUAUUGGCAAUUCGAUAUUCAAGAUUCCAGUCGAUGUUCUUUAGUAUUCCAGGUAGAAUCCGAAUAUAUAGUCAAAAAAUUAGCCGAGAUAUCAUUUACACCAGUAGAGAACGCCGAGGUAGAUUUAUUUGAUUUGACAAAUCGUUUAUUUCAAAGAUUGAAUAAAUUGAAUGAGGCGUACCAAAAACUAAUGAAGCAAUCUAUCACAUUGAAAACUGAAUUGUCAACUUUAUCUUCUGAACGGGCUAUUCUAGAGAGAAUUUUAGAGGAACGGGAUAAAAAGACUAGAACAAUAGUGGUUGAGUUAUUGAAUGAGAAAAAGAAAAAAAUCUUUCAACUAGAGCAGAUUAUUGAAAAUAAUGGCCUUGAAACCCUUUUACCAGAGAGCAAAUCUGAUUCAGAGGUUAUAAAUACCCAUAUAGUUGAUGCCGUGAACGAACUAAAUUCUCCUGGAAAGAGAAGGAGAACUGGAAGUAGAAGAAAGAAUUAUAAGGAUGUCAAAAGAAAAUUAAAAUAUGAAGAAGAUCGUGAAAAUAUAAAUGAUACAAAACCGAUGACCGGGCUUCCUGAAUUUUCGCCGGAAUUUAAUUUUUAUGGGAUAUCAAAAACACCUAUUGAAGAUCCAAACAUUUACCUUCGAGAAAACGUAGAACCUCUAGUAAAGGUUGAACCAGGUGGGGAACCUCUUGAAGAUACAACCGACAUAAAAUAUGCUAUGAAUAAUUUAAUAAAUUCAACUGACAUGUCGGAUUUUGAGUCUGAUGUUAAUACCGACACAUAUACCGAGGCCAAAGACCCCGAUCCAAGCGGUACAGAUAAAAAUCCUAUCAAUGAAACCGACAAAACAAGCGUGCAUAAUAAAGGAAAUAUUUCAACAUCUGACAGUGAAAUUGAAACCGAAACGAGUGAUUUUUAG